AUUUAUGUUAUGGCCCGCUGUCAAAGUACAUUUUCAUGAAAGAGUUGAAUUUAUUGCCGAUUUUGCGAUUUCGCGUGAAAAUCUUCGCAUUUUUGUGAAAAUGUGUUAUUAGUUUCCGUUUUAAGUUCACAUAACAAUGGCUUUUGAGUGCGUUAUUGUAAAAGAAGAGCCGAAUUUAAAGGAAGACGUUGAUAAUGAGGUUUCUUCUGAAACCGCUAGUCAAAAUGGGGCCGAAGCCGAAAAAAAUAUUAUUAAAGUAGAAAUCGAAGUUGAAGCACCGGCUGUAAGAAUAAAACCAGAGCCACUCGACCCUCAACCUUCCUCACCUCGUUCUCCACCAUCAGACUCCUCGUGGCACGCGCCAUGCCAGGAGGGGACAACUGUCCCAGCUGCUGAAGAAGUCACCAAUAUCCUGCCUGAGAAGUACAUACAGGUCUCUAUAAAGGAAGAGGUGGAUUCUGAUGACUUGCCGGAGGAAGUGCCCUCAGAGGAUCCACCUUCAGAUGACCUGAACAUCGAGAGCUUCAAGAGGAACGAAAAUAAUGAAUUCUACACCAACGCACCAACCGGACCAGGCUACGUCUGCCAAAUUUGCAAAAAAACUUUCGCUAACCAAGGCAACGUGCAGCGCCAUCUACUCAUACACACGAGAGAAACUCUCAAAUGUGAUCUCUGUGACGCCGAGUUUCUCAACCAGAUGAGAUUGGACCGACACAAGUUCAACCGACACACGAUACCAACCGCCCGUCUAUACCCUUGCGAUGUCUGCCAAAAAUCAUUUAAAUCCUCCUCUAAUUUAAUGCAACAUAAAAAAGUUCAUUUAACAGAAAAACCUUAUAAAUGUCCUCUAUGUAAUAAAAGCUUUUCGUUCAAAACUAAUUUGAAAAAACAUCAAGGAAAAAGUCGAUGUAAAAUACAGACAGAUGAGCCUCUAGUAUGUCAUGUUUGUCACAAGAUAUUCGAAAAGGAAUAUCUAUUGAAAUCUCAUUUGAGGAAACAUGAUAACGACAGGCCGUUUUCUUGCGAACAAUGUCCUACUACUUUUAAGCAUAAAAGCACUUUAAUACGACAUAUGCAGCUUCAUAAUGGGGUGCGUCCAUUUUCGUGCCCUGUUUGUGAUAAAACUUUUACCAGUUCCGGUCUUUUAAAGCCUCAUAUGCGAGUGCAUACGGGCGAGAAACCUUAUACUUGUCAACUUUGUGACAAAACUUUCGCUCAUAAGCACAACAUGCAACGUCAUAUGCUCGGCCAUGAUAAAGUAAAACACACAGUUUGCGAAAUUUGUCAUAAGAAAUUUCCUAGAGAGAGUAGAUUAAAAUAUCAUAUGAAGACGCAUGUUAAUGAGAAGUAUUUCCGUUGUCAUGUAUGUCCUAAACGGUUUUCUCAUAAACAGAAUGUUUUGAGGCAUUAUACGAGGAAACAUCCGGGGCAGACUUAUACUUGUACCGAUACUGAUGCGUCGGUCGCUAUGAAGGUAUGGGAUACCUUCAAAAGUAAAUAUGGUGAAGAAGAGGCGGAAGAAAUAUUAGGUUGAAGUAAUUAGUUAUUUAAUGCUGUUAAAUUCUUAUGACCAGUUACACAUGUCUCUGAGAGCUAUCAGGAAUCUGGCAGAUAAACUGUUAACUUUUUGAUUUAUAGGUCAUCCUCUGAGCCUUUUUCCCAACGCGAAAAGGCUCAGAAAAGGGAAACUGGUUAUGAAUGUUGUUAAAUAUAGCGCCCUCUAGUAGUUUGCUUGUAAGUUAAUGGCUGCGCCAUUUUUAAUGAUGUUAAUGUUAUUGCCAGUAGCAUUUUUGUUUCUUUUUUUUGUAUGAGUGAGAUAGAAUGAUACUGUUAGGGUGCGAUUUGAAUGCUGGCUGCCGAUCGCCUAUUCCGCGACUGCAUGAAGUCGGCCGCAACUGCACUACUGGUUUGUAUGUAUUUACAUGAAACCGUUUUGUGUCGAAGCGGCAGCAGCACGUGCAGUCUCGCUCAGAUCAUCAUCUCCCGAGCCUUCUUCCCAACUAUGUUGGGGUCGGCUUCCAGUCUGACCGGAUACAGCUGAGUACCAGUGUUUUUUGUGUGUGAGUACCAGACGCUGCCAGAUAUCGACUGAUUUUUAUGCAGUCGCUGCAAAUGCGGUCGGCAGUUGCAGUCGGCAGCUAGCAUUCAAAACGUACCUUUACUGUUAUUGACAGUAGCAUUUUUUUAAAUGAUAGUAUGUGUACUGUUAUCCUUGUUUUUUUUUCAAAGAAACUAUAUUAGUUUUAACUAUUUAUACUAUGAUGUUUUGGUGUAUAGGCUUUUUGUAAAAGUACGCCAUCUAUCGGUAGAAAUUUUAACAUUAUUUAUUGAAAUGAAUUUGUUUUUACUUUUGUAUUAUAUAAACAAAUAUAUUAUCUAGUUUUAAACAAAAUAUUGAUAAGUACACGUUUAUAAGAUUUUAAAGCUGUUUUUACCUAAGAGAAGUACAUAAAUAUCUAAAUAUAAUAAGAUUUUCUACAUUUAAUUCAAUAUAAUUAUGUUUAAAAAGCGCUCUUCGUCCUCUCCUCUAAAAACUAACUUUGCUGUGCCCGACAGGGUCCAUAAUUGUUUCUUUUAAUUUUACCCACCAGCCUGUACACAUUAUGGAAUGCAAUAAAGUUAUUGAGUAUUGAGUAUUGAGUAAAUCUAAUUUUAAAAAAUUGUCUUAGCUUGUGAAUAUAUUAUAGAGUAUUUAAUAUUUUUAGCCAAAUUACUUGUAAGGGCAAAAUAAUCCCUACACUAAUAUUGAAAAAAAUAAGUUUUUUUUGAGUAGUUUAAGUUUAAUUGUUUUUAUAUCGAAAACUAACCUUCUUACCACAAAAACUUUUAAACGUCUGUUGAACACUUGUCUAAAAUGAUGAUAAGGUCCAUUUUGCAGCCACAAUUUUUUUAGACAAGUGUUUUAAGUUUUUGUAGUAAGGCUGUAACUGUCUAGUUUUUGUAAAUGGCAUUUUUUUACUAAAAUAAUUUAUUUGCCCGCAGUAUUUUGUACACAGUUCCUAAACUAGCAUUAAUUAUAUAUUUAAUUAAUAAGUAAUAUUUCCUUUCGAAUAUAGUGGUGCCAAGUUAUAUUCUAAGUAGGUACAUAAAUAUUUUUCAAAAUUAACUAUCGAUGUUAAAAGUAUAGUGUGCACUGUAUUUCUUCCCUACUUUAAUGUAAUUGGCACAAGUUAGGUAUAAUAGUCGAAUAUACAUAUUUAGGCCAAAAAUAUAUUAUAUAGGGUGACUGGUAAUUAGUGACCGAUUCUUGAACACAUGUUUUUUUUAUUCUUUUUAGUUUAAUAAAAAAAAAAUAGCGUUUUUAGUACUUUAACCGUCAGUUGCACAAAGGUCCGUUAAAGUUAAAGCUUCUUUAAAUCUAUUGCUGACUCUUUCUUUGUCAACAAGAUAGAAAGUGUCAGCGAUCGAUUUAAUGAAGCUUUAACUUUAAUGGAACUUUGUGCAACUGACGGUAAGAGGGGUAUAUCUAUAAAUCCCGACGUGCUAGUGCAACUUUAUGUUCUGGACUUUUAAUACGUAUCAAGUAUACUACAAUAAAUUAUAUAUUUCACCUUUAUAACAAAAAAAAAAUAUUGAUAAAAUGUAGACCAGUUACCAGUCACCCUAUGUAAAAAUAAUUGUUAUAUAAACCAUCUAUUAACAUUUUAAGUCUUCAAAGUUAAAGCAUUUACUAAAUAUAAAAAAAAGUAGUUUAAGAUCUCAUAAAAAACAACUAUUUAAAGUUACAAAUUGUCUUUUUAAUUGUAAAAAUAAUAAUUUAACCUACAUUGUGUAGUUAAUGAAAUAACUGUUUUAUGUAAGUAGUUCAUUACAUAUAUUAACGGCAGUUUCCAAUAUUCUAUGUAUUUUGGGUUUUGCUUAGUAGAGAUGGGCAUUCUGUUUCGGAUGACACAUUAAACUGUAGGUCCUUGUCAUUGAACAUCCUUGACAGUCGUUACGGCUAGUCAGAAGCCAGUAAGUCUGACGCCAGUCUAAUCAAGGGGUAUCGGGUUGCUCGGGUAACUGGGUUGAGGGGUUCAGACAGCAGUCGCUUCUUGUUAAGCACUGGUACUCAGCUACAUCCGGUUAGACUGGAAGCCGACCCCAAUAUGGUUGGGAAAAGGCUCGGGAGAUGAUGAAGUAAUGUCAAAUUCCUAUCUCCAGUGAGAAAAUCAACAGAUAGAAUAUAGGAAACGGCCGUUAAUGUGUCUCUGAUAUUAAAUGUAUAUGUAUUAUAGUUAUUGAACAUUAAAAUACGUGUCAGAUUAACUUGUUUUUUCAUUUAUAACUCUCUCGGGAACUCCUUCAUUUACGUGGACAAAGUAAUGAUGAUGAUGUCCUCCUAUCCGAUUAUCGGCGGCUGUUCCCAUAUAAGGAGAUCAGCCAGCUGCGCAGGACAUAUUAUAGUGCAGGCACAUUUGCUUGGACACAGGUGCACUCACUAUUCCUUCACUCUCAUAGAGCGAUGGGACGACAAUCCGACACCACCGGAGAGAGAUCACAAGCAGGACCGACAUUAACGUGCUCUCGAAUGCACGGGUGUAUCAAUCACCAACUUCCAGACUGGGCUUUUGGGCUACUUUGUGAAAGAUUCUUAAAACCCAUAGUACACAUAUCCUCGCCUGUGACCAUUUUAGAAAUAUGUACCUAGUAUCAAAAAUCUCGCAUACUUAUGUAAAGCUAAAAUUCGGAUUUUGUAAGUUUUUAAGGUGAGAUAAAUAAAAAUAACAGUAAAAUAUAUAUAUUUAUGAUCAUAUCACAUAACGCUUUACAAUAAAUUAAUUAAUUCAGUUGUUUUUGGAUCGUUUCUAAAAUUACAAACGUUUUUGUAAAAUUUGUGAUUUUUGCAAACUUUUUAUCGGCCGAUAGUUUGUUUGGGCUCAUAAAUCAGUAUGAAGAUGAAUGAUAGUACGCACAUUGCAAAGAUGAGGUAUUUAGCCGGUAUCAGACCGACUGAAAACUUUGAUUGGAAUCAAGAUUUUCUUUAAAAAAAAUUGUCAACCAUUGGGUCAACUGUCGGCCGACAAUAACAUUAUUUUAUAUGAAUUCUAAAUAAUACAAAAGCAGUAUUAAGCACAAAAAAAUAUAAAAACAUAACCCUUCUUGGCGCAGUCGAGUAAAAGGAAAUACAAGUUCGCUUGCAACUUUCUACAGUAAUUUUCUUUGAAAGAUAAAAAGCUUUGUUUCUGUCUAUUUCCAUACAUAUGUAUCAUAAUUAUUUAUAUGUAUUUACACUCCCUAUCAACUUAAAUAUAUUUGUGAGUACAUACAUUUAAUGUUGAAUUCUACACACACAUCAAAUAUUCAUAUUUUGUUCAAAUGUAAUU